AUGGCCCGACACACCCCCAAUGGCAUCGUACAAGCGAUGAAGGCAUUGAGACUACAGCCCUCGACGUCAACCCGCACAGCAAUCCUCCAAAAAACCCGCUCCUACGCAACCGAGGUGGAGGUUCAACCGAAGGUGUCACCAGAGCCAAACCAACCGACAGAAGCCAAGGCCGCGCCCGAAAUUAAUUUCUCCAAGUUCAACAGCAGCCCAGCGCGAAUUGUGCCCGCUUCUCCAUCCUACUUCUCCGGAAACCCGCGAUUCAUCGACCACGUACUCAAGCUGGAAACGCUGCAACGCCAAUAUGUCUCGCUCCCGAAAGUACCGGCCGGUGAAGCUCCUCGCAUGGCAUGGAUGAAGCUAGCGCAGUUCCGAGACUUCUUAGGCGAGCAAGUUCCCACGAAGAAAUACAAGAGUCUUGUCAAGAUCCUGCAGCAGUUAAACCGUAUCUCACCGGAUAUGUUGCCCAGCCAGGUGCGAAGUGCCCUGGCAACUUUCCUGCGUCCUGGUAACCCCUACGCUGUGCAGCAUGUGCCGCGUGCUGUGGAUGAUAUGGGUCGUGCGCGCGCUAAAGGCAAGCGUAAGGAGUCGACGGCCGUGGUGCAGCUGGUCGAGGGCGAGGGCGAGGUUCUGGUCAAUGGUAAAUCGUUGGUUGAGGUGUUCCAGCGAGUGCAUGACCGUGAAAGCGCACUCUGGGCACUGCGGUGCACCGAUCGUAUGGAUAAGUAUAAUGUGUGGGUGACUGUUCGGGGCGGUGGUGUGACCGGCCAAGCCGAGGCUAUCACUUUGGCGAUUGCGCGGGCAUUGCUUCUACAUGAACCUGGCUUGAAGCCUGUUCUGCGAAAGGCUGGUGCUAUUACUGUCGAUGCUCGUCGUGUGGAGAGGAAGAAGCCAGGUCACGUCAAGGCCCGCAAGAUGCCUACCUGGGUCAAGCGUUAA